GCCUCGGGGUUGAUCCACGGCUGCUCUUUACGCAUUACGCACAGCGCACGCCUCCUCCGGUGCGCCGCCGCGGGCAGGUGGAGGCAGGUGGAGGCAGGUGGAGGCCCCGGACCCUCCCACAAGCCAAACUCCUGUCAGCCGCAGAGAGCAGCCUGUCAGUCCGCAGCACAGCACCGCAGCAGAGGGAGCGUCACCAGUCUCCAGAGAUCCAGAGACACACAGAAGACGUCGCUGCUUCUGAGGACAAAGUUCAGCUGAUAGAAGAGGACGUGCUGCUGUCUCCUGUCUCUGAGAACCACCUGGGAUCCGUGCGUGAGGAGGACACAGGAAGUGAAGGACUGCGGAGGUUUGUCGUUUGGAGUGAGGAGCUGACCUUUGACCUCCUGCAGCUGCGGAGACAGACGGAGGAGGAGCUCGGCAACAUACACACACAACUCGUUCAGAUCGAAGGUCGUCGGCAGCUUCUGACCUCUGAACUGUUUCAUCUUCAUAAGAGGAAGAAACAGCUCGAACAGGAACUGAGCUCCAGGCGUCAGACGAGCUUUCACUUGUGCGCUUGUCGGGAGCUUCAGGCCUCCAUCACCGAGCGUUUGGUCCAAUCAGAGGAGCUGGUGUUCCAGGAGGCGGCUGUGAUCUCGCUCCGUCAGCUGCUGAGUGAAGACCUGCACCGGUACCAGGAAGAGAGCGAGAGGCUGAGACUCUUCACCCAGAAGAUACUCAAACUGUCCCACAGGUCGGACGGAGAGGAAACGUUCGCUGACAGACGGAGCGACCGCACCAUGCAGGGAAAGACCGAAGAAAACAACAUGCAAACGGCCGAGUCAUCUUCAUCAACUAAUCAUAAGAAACCGCCUGCAGGCUCGUCCCGUAGCUCAAACCUGCGCCGAGCCGGGAGCGUCAAAGACCUGAUCGGUAGAUUCUCCAGUUCGGAUCCCGUCUCUCCGACUGGUUCUCUCGCUUUUGGAGUCGGAGAAGGUCUGAAGUCUGAGGAAACGUUCAAGUCUACGCUGUCCACAUUCGCUCCGUCCCUACCGACAGAGGAGAGUCCAAUUCCCAGCAUCACCGUGAGUCCUCCGCUCAGAGAAACCCGUCAGAACGAUGCUCCGUCCAGCGGGACCACCACUAACCAGGUCACUGCCAGAACUGAUUGUCCAGUAGGAGGCAGCGCUGAGAAAACUGACUCGCAAGCAACCACCAAAACACAAACCGUAGAAUCCGGUAGAGACUCGCUGGCGGACUCUGGAAUGGGAUCGGAGUCUGAAUUCGAUUCGAACAAGCAGCUGGAGGACGAGCCCACCACGCCCAGUCCUCGGCCGGCCAGCCACAACCCCAAAUAUCAGCUGUCCCUCAACAACGAGCUGAGGACGAACGGGUUGAGCAGCAGGGAGGCCGACGCUCCGGGGGGCGGCAGGUCGACCGAGGAGAACGGCCCCAGGAUGUCCCGGUGGGAGGGCUCCCGGCUGGGGCCCAACUACUUCCGGGGGUCCCUGGAGUCCCUCGCCUCACGGGAGGGGGACACUAUGUCCGACAGGCUGGGUGUUGUUGACAGCCCCCCCCGAGUGUUCAACAGUCCGUACACCACGACGGCCUCCAUGGAUUACAACCCCAUGUAUCGCAUGUCCGAGUUCAAGGCUCCCAGCGGCCUGUCUCCUGCCACCUCCGAGAUGAACCUGUACGGCUUCAACAGUCGCAGCACCAGCCCGGUCGGGAUCCCUUCAUCCAACUUCCCCCCGCAACGGACUCGAUUCUCCGCCUACGACACGCUGGUGAAGAGACGGGCCGAGGUCAACCACAACCACAACCACGCGCCUCAGGUGAUGCCCGGCCAACACUACAGCCUCCGCUCCAACACGCUGGGAGCGCCCAACAAGAAAGACUUCAUCGAGGAACUGACCAAACAGCUGGACGCCUGUCAGAGGCGUAACCAGUUCCUGGAGGCCGAGAGUGUCGAGAUGGAAAAGGAGAGAAAUCAGAUCAGGUUCGAGAUGCGCGGCUUCAUGGUGAACAACGAGGAUCUGCUGCGCGCCAACGCUCAGCUGACCAAUGAGAUGAAGAGGAUGAGGGAGCAGAUGAUAGAGAUGGAGAGAGAGAGCCAGUCGAUAGGAGAGAAAUACAGAGCGAUGGAGAUCGAGGUGCGGCAGGCGCGGGACAUGAUGGUGGAGGCCAACACGCAGGAGUACGCCUUCAACUUCCUCCAGCAGUCGCUCAAAAACAAGAUCCAGGACUCUGAGGAGAACCUGGAGAAGCAGACGCUGCACGCUAAGACCCUGGGGGAGAAGCUGUGGUUGGCCGAGAGAAAACUGGAGGAGCUGGAGGUCGUCAAGGACACGAAAGACAAGAGGACGUCUGAGCUCAACAGCGACCUCCUCAGGCUGGAGACGGAGCUGAACGAAGCCCUGCAGGUGUCGUCGCAGGCCUCAGCCGAGGUGAACCUGCACCAGAAGCUGCGUGACGACGCCCACAUGCGGGUGGACGAGCUGGAGGAGUCUCUGCUGGAGAAGGACCAGGAGCUGCUGCGACUGCAGAACCUCGUCGGCCGACUGCAGGGGGAGGUGUCUGGGAAGCUGAUCGAUAAGGAGCAAAACCUGGAGGAGGAGAUCCAGCUGAGGGAGCGGAUCCAGCUGCAGUGCAAACAGGCGGAGAGGUCGGUGGACGACCUCCACAUGGAGCUGCAGGGGACCCAGCAGGCCAGAGACGACCUGGCCAAACAACUCAAACAGGCUCAGGAGAAGAUGAUCGACCUGGAGAGCGACCUGGAGGAGCUGCACGACAGUGAGCAGAGAUGGGCGGCCAAACACAAGAGGGCCAUCGAGCAGACGGAGCAGCUGCAGCUGAAGGUGAUUCAGGAGAAAGAUCUGAACGACCAACUGGACACUGAGAAGGUCGUCAUGGAGAGACAGCUGCGUGAGCUGCGUCUGGAGGUGGACGAGCUGCAGAGCUCCAGGGUUCAGGAGGACGUCGUCUCCCGAGCGGAGAGUCGAGCCAAAGAGCUGGAGAACCUGCUGAGGACCGAGGAGAGGAACAAAGCUGUUAUGACAAACACCAUCAGUAAAAUGGAGCGAAGAACCAACGAGCUGAGUGAUCAGAUGGAGGAGGAGCACAGGAUAGCUAAUGAGCAGAAAGACCUGAUGAACCAGAGGAUCCGUUCCCUGAAGCGUCAGCUGAACGAGUCGGAGGAGGAGGCGAGCAGGAAGGAGGCGCAGUACCGCCACACCCAGAGAGAGCUGGGCGAGGAGAGGGAGACGAGCGGCCGGCUGCAGAGGCAGCUGCUCGACCAGCACCUGCAGAUGAAACGUAAAGAGACUCUGAACAUCCGUCAGACUCUGGACAACCUGAGGUUGGACCUGAGCGUGGACGACGAAGACGACGAGCUGCCGCCGCCGCCGCCGCCGCAGCAGCAGACAGAAAACUUCACCAAAGUCUGAACCCCCCGAACAUUCACUCAGCACCGAACUCAUCUGUAUAUUUAUAUAUAUAUGUUACUGUUUUAAAGCAGAUAAACUACGUCGUCUUCACACUGACAGUGAAGUUAGGAGGCGUUUUUUAAAAACCUGCCACCACCAGUCGUCCAAAUGAAAAAAUACAAUCUCAGCUUUGUUCUAAAAAGUCUCAAAAUUCCACCUGGAUUUUUUCCAUUUGUUUGCUCUUAUGUGCUGAAAUCUGAUGGUGUUAACUCACAUUUUAGUUUUUAUAAUUCAACCUGUCAUUUCCUCAUAUUUCCCUUGGAAAUCAUUCUGGUGUUUUGGUUCUAAUGUUAGUUUGAAUAGAGGAAACAUUCAAGUUUCUACGAGUUGAUUUUCCCCCUGAAAGUUCUGCUGUGUCUCAACACGUACAUUACAUUUAUAAUACAUCAAUUUAUGAUGUUUCCUAAUUUCUAUAUUCCUAAUCAGGAUUUUUUAAAUUAUCAGUAUCAAAUUACAUCCAAAGAAUUUAUUCGGAAAUGAAGGAUCUUAAUUAUCCAUCGCCCCCUCCUGGCGACAGGAGGAACACAUUUGAUCCACAUUAAAAACUCGACUGGUGGAUUCACGGCUUCACUGAAACUCGAUUUAACUUUCAACCACGAAGUCAAAUGAAAGUCGUCUCUUCUCCUCAGAAUCAUGAUCUGAUCGUUCUAAAGAUAAAAUUAUUAUAAAGAUGUUUUUAUCGAAACCUCAUGACAAAGAAAUGUAAUUGAAGUUUGAGAUUUUAGUUUAACCAUAAAGUUUUCUAUUUAAUAACUAGAAACACAAAGAAAACAGCAAAAACUAAUUGAAUUGAACUGAAUUAAAAUAUUGUUAAAUACAUUUUUUAUUUAAAAGUUUCUAGUUUUAAAGUCAAAGUUUACACAUGGACAAACAGCACAGACACAGACUUGUCUGUUAACUUCUCACAUCAGCUGAUUUCUAUCGAACAGAUGAAUCAUUGCUCUCUAGAAAAUUCUGCUGCAUUUUUCUUAUUUCAUAUUUUCGAUAUCGUUGCUGACAGUUGUCUCAUAAUGAGGGUUUUUUCACGUUAGAGUUUAGUUCAACAUCUUCUGCAGUAUUUAAAUAUAUAUUAUUUUACAGGGUAAAAAAAAACACAACAUGGAACAACUGGGUCGUUGUUUUAGAUUCACACCGAUAGAUCUAGAUUAUUUAUAUUGAAUAUUUGUUUUGUGUAGUUUUUAUGAGAUGAUGCAGAUCCCUGGAUUUUCUGUAUUUGCUGUCGCUUGCCGCGGAAAAAAUUAGUUUUAGAGAAUGAGAUGAUUUCAAAGUUCAGUUUCAGGUUUUUUCGGGGGGUUUGUUAAUGUUUCAAUGAAACUCCGUCGCAACAAGAUUUGUAACGUCGGUGAAGAAAAUCUCACGUCACGCUUCACAGAUGAGACACAAAUCUGAGCUUUAUAAUAUAUUUACAAGUAUUUUUAAGUAAAAUGCAGUUUUUAGUGCAACAGCUGAGAUAUUGUCCGUCUCAAACGCGAAAUAAAUGUCCAGCUACAAAGAUGUUUGUUAAUAAAAACCUGUAAGUGUCACAGACAGAAACGAACAGCACUGGGUCAUCAGUUUUAUUCACUGGUUUUAUUUCUCAGAUUUAGAUUGUGGAUGUUUUUACAGUCCUCUGCAUGUUCCCUUCUAUCUUUUCUAUCAUGUUAGAGACAUAGAGCUAAUAUUCAGAUUCUCUUUGGAUUCUCAUGUUUACACGUGACGACGUAUGUGUUUCUUUUGGAAUCACAGAGAUUUUAAUGUUUUAACUGUCGGGAAUUUAAUUACUUCACAAAGUAUUUUUUUUUUUUUUCCUUGAAUGAAAUUGGCAGCGUCGACAGAUAUGUAAAAAGAGAUGAAAUACACGGACUUAUUUUUGUAACUACACUUCACGCUCUACAGGUUCUACUGUUCUCGGGUAUUUAUGUUUGUUUCACACUGUCUCUUGUGGUGAGAAGUUUCCUAAACAAAAUGCUAAUAAAUCUUCUCCACUGUGAA